UUUAAACUACUAAAAAUCUCAAAAGUCAACCCCUUUCACGAUUCGCGCUCUCGCUGCUGCCCCCACCAUUCACGACGCUGACGUUGCUGCUGCCCCACCCAUUCACGGCCACCGCACCGCAGCCGCAGGAGCGCACCCCUCCACCCUUUCACGAAUCACGGCCACCGCGGCGCAGGAGCUCCUCCACCCCUUUCACGAUUCACGGCCAUCGCACCGCGGGAACGCAACUCCUCCACCCCUUUGACGAUUCACGGCCACCGCGGCGCAGUAGCGGCUCUCCUCGACCACUUUCACGAUUCACGCUCGUCAACCAUCCAUCACGGUUCAGGCCAGCUCUCUGCAUCUAAGUCGAACGCGCCCUUCCCGAAUUGGUUUGGUCCCGAAAUCGCCUUUCUCGAACGCUUUCCGUUGCCAUCCGUUGCCAACAACAGAUUCCAAAUUCACAGAGUAGAAGACCACCAGUGUCCAACUCAACAAACCCCAGACACCGUCUCGUGCAUGUGUUGCCCGCGUGUUCGUGUCUGAGACGCUUCGGGAGGUGGACGCGAGGCUUUGUAGAAGAGUCCCUCUCACACGGUCAUCUUUUCAUGGUCACCUAGGCUUGAAAGAAAGAAGAGAGACUUUAAUUCUGUAGAGAAGAGAAUGGACUCUGUUGUCAAUGUGGCAGUGGAAGAGAUAUGUAGUGGAAUUGAAGAUGGGGUCACUCUUGCAGCCUUAUGGGUCAAACUUCAAGGCUCAUCCACUCUUUCAUCCACCAAUCUCCAUUUGAACCGCACCGUCAAAAGAGCCAUAUGGAGGAACCUGCUUCGCAUUCCGGGUCUUCGUUUUGAACCACAACCAUCUUCUUCGGAAUUGGAGGAUGCUGAGAAGCUCAAUAUAAAGAUUUUUCCUCAAUUGAGCCUUGUUGACAACUUCGUUGGUCUGUACGAAUCACAAUCACUCCAACAUGCCCAAACGCGUGUCCUUCACCUUCUUGCCAAUGCUAGAGGCAAUGGUAUAACCCAAGCUCAACUUGCUAAAUUGUUGCACAUUAAUGCCAAUAACUUCCACUAUGUGUUGAGGAGUCUUGAGUGUCAAGGUUUAAUUGUCAAGCGUUCUGCAAUUGAGAAGAAGAAACAAAUCUCCAGUCUUGGUGAAUCCAAAAAUUUUCCAUGUGUAACUACCCAUUUAGUUUACUUACGCCGCUAUGCGAAACAACUUGCCUGUCAUCAAAGGUUUGAGUUUGAAAUUACUAAAUUCAACUCCCCAGAAGAGGAGGAGGAGGAUGCAGAUGGAGCCACGUUUCAAACAGAUGUUCAUCUAAAGGAUUAUUCACCUCAACUGAAAGCUAUUUGUGACAAACUUGCAAAAGCCAAUGGCAAGGUUCUUCUUGUGUCGGAUAUUAAAAAGGAUCUUGGUUACUGUGGAUCGCGUCCAAGACAAAGGGCUUGGAGACAAAUUUCUCACAGGUUGAAAGCAGAUGGUAUUGUGGAGCAGUUUGAUGCUAAAGUGAAUGGCAAGAUUGAGGCUUGCAUGCGCCUUCUUGACCCAAUAACUGCUGAAUCUGGAAAUGAAGAUACAGGGUUGAGUUCUGAAAAAACAUGUCAAAUUAUUGAUCAGCUUGUGGAGCUUCCCAUUGAGCAUCAAAUUUUUGAUAUUAUUGAUGCUGCAGGAUCUUGUGGCAUUACUUUGAAGGAGAUAUGUGAGAGGCUUGGGAUUGAACUGAAAAAGAGCCACAUUCGACUUGUAAAUUUGUGCUAUAGAUUUGGAAUGAAAGUGAAGGAAGAACAGUGCCUCAAAUCAAAGACAAUUCGAGUUUGGACUUCUAAAAAUUACAACCUUGGACCAGAAGUUGAACUUAUUUGCAAGCGUGAUGAAAAUAAGAUUUUAAAUCAUGUACCUGACAGUUCAAAAAUAAUAUCUGAAUUUGUGGCUUCGACUGCCAGUGGGGAACUUGCUGAUCAAGCGAUAUUGGAAGAUAUAUUAGUUGGUGCAGAACUAUCGACUGUAUCUCCUACAAAUAUUGAGUCAAACUUUGUAGAAACAUCAACAAACUUGCAGGAUUUGGUCCUUGAUCAAAGAGGUACGAUUUCUUCCUGCAAAUUUGUCAGUUCAUCAGUGGACACAGACAAUGCCCCAUCAGGAGCAUUUCCAUCUGAGGUGUUGAAACAAUUCUCUACUGGAUCAUAUAAAAGAUGUGCAAGUUUUUCUUUAAGUGACGAUAACACUAGAAGGGCAAACAGGAUACUUGAAAGACUAAAGGAUGAAAGGUUCAUUUUGAAACCUGAAUUAAAUAGGUGGCUUAAUAGCUUUGAGAAGGAUAAGUCUACAAAAGUGGAUCGCAAGACUAUAGACCGAAUAUUAAGCAAACUUCAAGAACAAGAGCAGGUCAAAUGCAUGACUGUACAUUCACCUGUUAUUUCUGAAUAUUCCAGGACAAAAGAUUGUGUGGUAGUUCUGCGUCCAUCCAUGAGUCUAUCUCAAGAGUUAUUUGAUGAAAUUCAGGAUAGAAUUCGAUCAUUUAAUAAUUAUAUUCGCAAGAAAAGUACUUUGCAUCAGAAAAAUGAUGAAUUGAUACCUGUAAUGGAGGAUAUUCAGAAAAAUCAAAGUAUUAUAGUUCCAGAUGGGCAGGUUAGUAAAUCAGAAGCCAUGCGUGUCAAUGGAUUUGUAUUAGCAAAAAUGAUUCGUGCUAAGCUGCUGCAUAGUUAUAUUUGGGAUUGUCUGCAUAGGUCAACUGGCCAGGUUGAUGCUUUAUCAUCUAAAAUAUGUGAAGAGGAGCUAACUGAUACUCCUCACAGUACCAGCAAACUAUUUACUCUAGAAGAAGUUGUUAAAGAAAUGCCAGUUGAAUUAUUCUUACAAGUGGUUGGGUCCACCAAAAAAUAUGAAGAAUUGAUUGAAAUGUGCAAGAUGCGUUUACGUCUCUCUAAUCUCCCUCCAGAGGAGUACAAGUGUUUAAUGGAUUGUCAUGCAAAGGGGAGACUGUCAUUAGUUAUUGACAUUUUACGGCGAUUAAAGUUGAUUCGCAUGGUAACUGAUUUGCAAUCUAGAGAUGCAGCCAAAAGCCCUCAUACUCACACCAUGGAGCUUAGCCCUUAUAUUGAGGAACCUAUUUCAAAUUAUGCAGCGUCUUCAAAUUUUAUAUCUCUUGAUCUUCGACCAAGAGUCAGGCAUGAUUUUACUCUGUCUAAUAGAGAUGCAGUCAAUGAGUAUUGGAAAACAUUGGAGUAUUACUAUGCUACUGCUGAUCGAAAAGCUGCUUCGUAUGCAUUUCCUGGAUCUGUUGUACAAGAGCUUUUCCGCUUCCGUUCAUGGGCAUCUGCUCAUGUUAUGACAGUCGAACAACGUGCUGAGCUUUUAAAGCAUGUCACGAAGGAUAAUCUCAGUGAAAAAAUAUCACUUAGGGACUUUGAGAAGAGUGCUAAAGAACUGAAUCUUACCAUGGAUCAGGUACUUAGCAUGUAUUCUUGUAAACGACGCCGCCAUUUGGUUAAUCAGUUCAAAGAUGAAGAGAAUGACGAUAAUUCGCCUGAAGACACGGGUAAUGCAUCUUGUUGUAGGAAAAACAAAUCCACUGAUCUCAGGCCUGCAAAACGUGCUAGAACUGAUGCAUUAACUGAUGUUGUGGACAUGCACAUUGAAGAACCACAUAAUUUGGAUGUGCACUCAGAAGACUGUGCCACAGAUAUGCAAGAAUUUGGUGAAAGUAUGCCUGAAGGCUGUACCCUCCUCAUUAACCAGUGUGUCUUAAACAAAAUGAAGGCAACACGUCGUAGAAGAUUCAUAUGGUCAGACAAAACUGAUAGGCAGUUGGUGAUCCAAUAUGUUAAACACCGUGCUGUUCUUGGUGCCAGAUAUCACCGAGUAGAUUGGACGUCAAUUUCUGAUCUACCAACUUUUCCAGCCACUUGUAUGAGAAGAAUGAAUUUGUUGAAUGCUAACUCGAGAGUCAGGAAAGCAGUGAAUAAACUCUGUAACAUACUUAGUGAACGAUAUGCAAAACAUCUGCUGAAGUCUCAGAACAUGUCAUUAAACUCAGAUGAAUGCAAACAGUUUGUGCGUUCCCUGUCCUGUGAAGGUAUCUCAAAUAAUUCUAGUCCGGAUUCGGAAAUUCAGAUGAGAAGUUUAAAGAGUGAAGCUUGGGAUGACUUUGAAAACAAAAAUAUCAAGACAGCCCUUGAGGAGAUUCUUCGCUGCAAGAUGAUGGCUAAGCUGGAUUCCUGCUCCCAAAAGGGUCAAUUGCAAUAUGAAGGGUGCUCAGAUGCAAGUGUGAAUGCUGAUGGCUAUGAAUCUCCAGAAAAUAAAGAAAGUACGUCAGCUCAGAGUCAUCAUGGGAAGGCCCAUUCUUUUUCCUCCCAAAGAUCACGUCGUCGGCGACUUGAUAAAAAAAUUACUAGGUUUCUGAAUAAUAUGGCUAAUGUUUAUGGACAAGUAAACGAAUCAUUGGCUAUUUCAAAUGCUGUCGAGUUAUUUAAACUUGUUUUUUUAAGCACCUCAACUGGUCCUCAGCCACCCAAUUUACUUGCGGACAUUCUUCGGCGAUACUCAGAACAUGAUCUAUUUGCUGCUUUUAACUAUCUUAGAGAGAAAAAAAUUAUGGUUGGGGGCACUGGCAGUGAACGAUUUGAACUUUCACAGCAAUUCUUGCAGAGUGUUUCAAAGUCACCAUUUCCAUAUAAUACUGGAAAGCAGGCUGUUAAAUUUUCUGCAUGGCUGGAUGAAAGAGGCAAAGACCUUACAGAAGUGGGGGCCAAUAUUUCUGAAGAUUUACAAUGUGGAGACAUUUUUCAUUUGUUUGCUUUAGUCUCAUCAGGUGACAUCUCAGUUUUGCCAUGCCUACCAGACAACGGUGUUGGAGAGGCCGAAGAUUUGAGAAGUGCAAAGCGUAAUCUUGAUGUUAGCGAGUCUUCAUGUGGUGAUAGAGCCAAAAAACCAAAAUCUGCAUAUGGAGUAGAAGGUGAAAUAAUUUCUCGUCGGGAAAAGGGUUUUCCUGGUAUCGCCAUCUCUGCAUACCGAACAACAAUAUCAAAAGCUGAUAUUUUAAAUUUGUUCAAGGAUAAUGAUAACAAUGGCCAACCUUUUGGCGGUGAUUUACAAUUAAACAUAGGCCAAAGCCAUGAUGAUUCUAUUUCUGACCAUAUGUUGGAAAUUGUUAAAUCUUGUGACCCUAUACCUGUGGAUAAAAAUCAUACUGAAUCACCCUGGGAAGCUAUGGCGGGCUAUGCACAUCGUUUAUCGUCAGAGUAUUCCAAUCAAGAACACACAAAUGGCAUUUGUGCUGAGGUCUUCAGAGUUGUUUAUGCUGCCAUCCAAAAGGCUGGUGACCAAGGAUUAAGCAUGGGAGAAAUUUCCAAGGUUAUAAACCUUCCAGGAGCUGAGGUAGAUGGGUUGAUUGUAGAUGCUCUUCAAGCAUUUGGACUAACAUUAAAGGUCAAUGCCUAUGAUACUGUCCGUGUUGUUGAUGUCCUGUACCGUCACAAGUACUUUUUGACAUCUGGGUCUGAUUUUCAUCGUGUUGUACAACCUUCCUCAACAAAAGCUAUUAAGAAAAGUAAUCAUACAUGUGAGCUUUACGAAUCAGAUAAAAUGGAUACUUCUGUUCAUACUCCCAGCAAAAGAAACACGAAUGUUGAUAACAUGCACAGAGUGACCAUACUCAAUCUUCCUUGUGAGGAUGUGGAUCCUGAAAAUCAACCUUGUGAUGGGAAUGAAAGCUGUAAGCAAGACAGGUUUGGCUUAUCUAGAGUCGAUCAUGAGAAAGAAACUCUCAAAAUUUCUUUGGGUGACUCAUGUGUGCCAAUAUUGCCAUGGAUCAAUGGAGAUGGAACCAUCAACAACAUUGUUUACAGAGGACUUCGACGUCGUGUUCUUGGGAUAGUGAUGCAAAGCCCAGGGAUGUUGGCGGAUGAUAUUCUACGACACAUGCACGUGUUGAAUCCACAGAGCUGUAGAACUCUCUUGGAAAUGAUGGUUCUAGAUAAACAUCUAAUUGUGAGGAAGAUGCAUCAAAAUAUAUUUGAGGGAGGACCCACUGUACUUCAGGAUCUCAUUAGAAGCACGUCCAGCAAACCAAAGUUGAUUUACCGAGAGCAUUUCUUCGCCAAUCCCAUGAGUACAGACUUGUUGUAAGUAAUGUAUGGAGUUGACAUCAGUACUUCUUUGCUACAUAGAUAGAGAUGGGGUAGAUUGUAUAUUUAUAAAAACAAAUUUAUAUGAAAUUUCAGAUAGACCUUAAAUUUAUAUUUGGAAGAGUUAAAACAUAGGCUAUAAUCGUAAAUAUUUCAGGCUACUCCCUUAUAAAA